AUGUUUUCGUUGCACAGCAGUCCCGGCGCAGACGAGCUUGCCGAGAAGCUUCGUCAGCAGCUCGCCACUCUGCAGAGCUCCAGCGAUCAUAUCCAGCAGUCCCUCACGGUUCUCCGACAGCAGCCAAAACCACCUGCCUCCGUUAGUACUCCUGAUGCGCGAUCCGAACAACUCCCUGACAAGCCGCAGCACCCAGUGCCGCAGUCGGAGGAGGCUGUGCGACCCCCCGUACAGGAGCAGUCGGAGCAUGACGAGGCGGGGGACUACCCCGUGGAGAGCGCCGACGCAAAACCGCAGCCAGCGCAGGCGACCCCCGCUUCGAGCACCGCGGCACGGGGCUUGGAGGAGACGGUGCAGCAAGGACACGAACCGUCGCAGAGCGCAGAGUCGCCUGAGUGCCACGCCGAGGACUCCACUCAGAUCCCUAACACCCACGAAACACCAACGCCUACCACACUGCACGGUGUCACUGAACGCAAUGCGGACGACACAAAUCCCCUCGCCUACAACGUACCGUCAGCAGCGCUGAUUCAGGAGCUCCCCUCCUGCCACCUGCUCACGUCGGCACACACACCCGACGCGUCGCUUCACCGCAUCAACUUCUCGGCCAGCCAGCACAGCUCCUAUGGCACCAACAGCGACUGCUUCUCCCCUGUCCGAGACACCCACGCGAGCGCAGAUGAGCCGAUCCCUUAUCGUCAGGACUCCACAAACACCUCAGCUGCAUACGCCAUCGACCCCACCACGGCGCGCGAGGCGGGGGAGCACGCCGAGCAGUCGGAGGAGGCUGUGCGACCCCCCGUACAGGAGCAGUCGGAGCAUGACGAGGCGGAGGACUACCCCGUGGAGAGCGCCGACGCAAAACCGCAGCCAGCGCAGGCGACCCCCGCUUCGAGCACCGCAGCACGGGGCUUGGAGGAGACGGUGCAGCAAGGACACGAACCGUCGCAGAGCGCAGAGUCGCCUGAGUGCCACGCCGAGGACUCCACUCAGAUCCCUAACACCCACGAAACACCAACGCCUACCACACUGCACGGUGUCACUGAACGCAAUGCGGACGACACAAAUCCCCUCGCCUACAACGUACCGUCAGCAGCGCUGAUUCAGGAGCUCCCCUCCUGCCACCUGCUCACGUCGGCACACACACCCGACGCGUCGCUUCACCGCAUCAACUUCUCGGCCAGCCAGCACAGCUCCUAUGGCACCAACAGCGACUGCUUCUCCCCUGUCCGAGACACCCACGCGAGCGCAGAUGAGCCGAUCCCUUAUCGUCAGGACUCCACAAACACCUCAGCUGCAUACGCCAUCGACCCCACCACGGCGCGCGAGGCGGGGGAGCACGCCGAUCCCCGCCGAAGCGAUAACGAAGCUGGAGACGCGCAUUUGAAUGGCGAGCGCGAGGAUGUUGUGUGUCGUACGGCGGCAUCGCAGACGAUUGUGGCAGAGGGUGUAGGUGGUCUCCCGUUAAGUGCGUCUUUGCCACGCGUGCUGGACAGACCCGGGGUAUCAGGGGUGCAGCGGCGGCUCUCAGAUUGCGGGGCUGUGAAGCGACGGAUGUCAGGCAUGCCGGAAGUCAGAUGGCCUCUGCGCGGUGGUGAGAACCACGCUAGGGUGUCUGCUCUCGUCCCUUGCACUAGAUCACCGCUGCCGCAGCAGCCGCGCUGCCUCUAUCUGUACCCCUCCAAGAAAAUCGAAGGGGGAAACGCGAAGGAGCCUGAAAGAACCUUGGUGGAGCCGGCGAGUGGCGUGGAUGGAGAGCUGGCCGUCUUCGUGUCUUCUUCACUGCUGCCUGUAUCGCGCCGCCUCUUGCAGGAGGUGAGGCCCGUAACACCGCGUGAGCAGGGCCCCAACGGCACCUGUGCCACUCCUGCAAUGAGUGUCGCAACCGCAGCAUCUGCGUCGUCAGUUGCAGCCUCGAACCGCGCCGGGGACGAGGCAGGCGCACUCACCUCCACUGCGCCCGUUCGCUUCGAGCUGUUGAGCGCUGCGAAUGGCGACGUCGUGGAGCUUGACAUCCUUGCCGGGCGUCCGUACUGGGACGCCGAGAAUCCCAAGACAAUGAGCUAUACGAAGCCGAGCGCACUGCUGGAGGCAAAGGAGAAGCGGGAGUGCACCCUGUUCCGUCGCUACUCCCGUCGGUACAAAAAGCUCGUAGAAGACUCCGCAGUUCACGUGGGCGGCGAAGCCGGCGCCUCCAUCUUGAGAUCGCACGAGGCCUUCAAGGUAGCAUGCGAAGCAGCAGACCAGAAGCCGAUUCACAAGCGCAGCUUCUACGAGGGUCCCAGCGUGAAUUGGAAGAAAGUGCUUCUCGAACAGGCUGCGGCGAUGAGCAGUGUCUCGAACAGGGACGCGUAA